AAGUUCUCUCCGCGAAGAUGGCGGCGUGUAGACGUGUGCAGCGACUGCUGCUGUUGAUGUUGAUCUGCGGCUGGAUUGGUUCUGCUCAUGGAGGCAAAUUGGACACUGAAAACGCCGCAGAUAAUGCCGAAAGAGGUAAAAAUGCAGCGGGAGAGGGGAAAGCAGCGGCGCCGGAUGGGGCCUCCUCGGUGCGGCGCAGCGGCGGCUGGAAGCUCGCGGAGGAGGCGGCCUGUCGGGAGGACGUGAGCCGGAUCUGCCCCAAACACUCCUGGAACAACAACCUGGCCGUGCUCGAGUGCCUGCAGGACCGAAAAGACGAGACAGAGAUCGCUUCAGACUGCAAUCAUCUGCUGUGGAACUACAAGCUCAAUCUGACGACUGAUCCGAAGUUCGAGUCUGUCGCCAUUGAGGUGUGCAAGACCACCAUCAGUGGGAUUAAGGAGUGUGCCGCUGAGGAACGUGGGAAGGGUUACCUGGUGUCGUGUUUAGUAGAUCACCGCACCAACAUCUCCGAGUACCAGUGUAACCAGUACAUCACCAAGAUGACCAGCAUCGUCUUCAGCGAUUACCGGCUGAUCUGCGGCUUCAUGGACAAGUGCAAGGACGACAUCAACAAACUGCACUGUGGAAGCGUCAACACUGGAGAGAAGGUAAGCCCAGUGCAAGGACGCUCUUUCCACUCGUCAGAAGCUGAUCGCUCAGGACUACAAGGUCAGCUACUCACUGGCUAA